UGGGAGCGAAACCAACGCCUGUCUGGGAGUAGCAGCAGCACCGCGGCUGCCGAGGGUUUCUCUGGCCAGUGUCUCUCCCUCCAGUCUACAGCAUGGGGAAUAUCUUUGCGAACCUCUUCAAGGGCCUUUUUGGCAAAAAAGAAAUGCGCAUUCUCAUGGUGGGCCUGGAUGCUGCGGGGAAGACCACCAUCCUGUACAAACUGAAGCUGGGUGAGAUCGUGACCACCAUCCCCACGAUAGGUUUCAACGUGGAGACUGUGGAGUAUAAGAACAUCAGCUUCACUGUGUGGGAUGUGGGUGGCCAGGACAAGAUCUGGCCUCUGUGGUGCCACUACUUCCAGAAUACACAAGGUCUCAUCUUUGUGGUUGACAACAAUGACCGAGAGCGUGUGAAUGAGGCUCAAGAGGAGCUUAUGCGGAUGCUGGCGGAGGAUGAGCUCAGGGAUGCUGUCCUGCUCAUGUUCACAAACAAGCAGGACCUCCCCAAUGCCAUGAACGCAGCUGAGAUCACGGACAAGCUGGGCCUCCACUCUCUAUGCCACAGGAGCUGGUACAUUCAGGCUACCUGUGCCACCAGUGGGGACGGGCUCUAUGAGGGACUGGACUGGCUGUCCAAUCAGCUCCGGAACCAGAAGUGAACCGAACUCCUCUCUUCCCCCUCACUCCCUCCUUCACCCUUGCUUUCCUCUCAUGUGGCAGAUGUAUCCCUGUGGUGUGAGUGCCAGAAGCUGUCUCCAUGGUCGGUCCCAGUGUGCUUCAUCAUGCUGUACAUGUGCAGACGCAGCCUGCAACCGGGUUUUUAUUUAAUGUAAAUAGUUCUUGUUUCCAAUGAGGCAGUUUUUGGUACUCCUAUGCAAUAUUACUCAGCUUUUUUUAUUGUAAAAAAAAAAAAAAAAAAAAAAGAAUCAA